GUUCGUACUUAUUUUUGAAAAAAAUUAUUAUUCGCUUUUCCAUUUUCGUCGGGAAAAUUAUUAUCGUUAAUUGCAUCAUCGUUAUUUUUUUGGACAUUUAUCGUAAUUCUUUUCGAAACAAGAAGAAAUAAUGGCCGAAACUGUCGCAUCCGCUGCUGCAGCUGCUGCUGCUCAAGCCCAACAUGCUAAACCGAAAAAAGCUUCGGGAGCUAAAAAAUCAUCAAAACCUAAAACAGCAUCCACUCAUCCACCAGUGGCUCAAAUGGUCAAAGCUGCUAUUGUUGCAUUGAAAGAACGUAAUGGUUCAUCAUUGCAAGCGAUCAAGAAAUAUAUUCAAUCAAAUUAUACUGUUGAUAUCGAACGUAUGUCACCGUUCAUUCGUAAACAUUUGAAAAGUGCUGUCGCCAAGGGUUUGUUGGUCCAAUCGAAAGGCAAAGGUGCUUCUGGUUCAUUCAAAUUGAACAAAGGUGAAAAGAAAGAAGCAAAAGUCAAGAAACCGAAAAUUGUCAAAGCAGUCAAAAAGGUUAAAAAAUCAACCGAUGUCAAAAAAGCUAAACCAUCGAAACCAAAAUCCGCUGCUGUUGUUGCUGCUGCUGCUGCUCCUGCUGUUGCCGUAGCCAAAAAGGUGAAACCAUCGAAACCAGCUAAAUCGGAAAAAGCAACACCCGAAAAGAAAGCCAAAAUUGAAAAGAAACGUAAAGCACCGAAAUCGCCUAAAAAACCAAAGGUCAAAUCAACAUCGACUCCAACUAAAAAAGUUAAACCAGCAAAAUCACCAUCGAAAAAAGCAGCCGUUGCUAAAAAAGCAUCCGCACCUUCGAAAAAAGCAGCCGCUGGUGGAACAAGAAAAUAAAUUCGGAAUUCGAAAUCAUUGAUCAUCACUAUCAUUAUCAUUACAUUUUUUUUCGGUGUGUUCAGCCAGGAAUAUUCUUUUUCUUUAUCAACGAUUAUUUCAGCUUAAUAUUAUCAUUAUCAUACCCACUCAUACACACACACACAUUCUUGAUAUAUAUCUCACUAAUUGUAUAUCUUUAUCUCUUUCUCACACACAGAAUAAUCGUUCAUUUUUUGCUUGUAUAGUUUUUUUUUCUCAUAAAUAUUCAUUUAUCAUACACACAUUUAUUGUUUAUCAACAUAUAAUCGAAUAUAUUAAAAUAUACGAUGAAUAAACUAUAUUAUUCAUAUUA